AUGGCCGUCGAUGAAUUGCUCAAGGAGACGUACGAGGAGAAGCAGCACCAGGCUGCUUAUGUCUUCGAUCCGUUAGACGGCGUCGAUGGCGCAAGCCGGCCGGCGAAGCGGAGGAAGGUGUCCAAGAGGACAGACAAGUCCCACGCUUCACGGGCAGAUCAGAGUCCGACCUUCCAACCUCUUCUCGGCGGCUGCGAAGGUGAGCGCUCUGUGCGCCUUCGCCAGCAGCUAUUCGAGAGAUCGUGGUCACAGAUCGACAAGCGGAUACAGGAAGUCCUCCGAAAGGCCAACAUGUCCACUCGGCAGGAAGUUGCAGACUUCUUGCAGGCCAACCCAGAGCCUGCCUCCACAGGCAAGCUCACAUCUGCCUUCAUCGUCACCGGUCCGAACUUGGCCUCGCAAGACCUCCUCUUUGAGCAGCUGUCGAAGACUCUCGAGGAUAAUAUAGACUCGAGGGUGGUACGGCUGAGAUCCGGCGACGCGUCCAAUCUGAAAGCCGUACUAAGAAAGAUCAUACGAGAUGUUACGGCGAGAGACACGGACGAUGAGAAUGACCUGGAAUUGGUCACAGGCAAAGAGGGGCGCAAAUACCUAGGCUACGAUCUGGAGGCCCUCCACGUCCAUCUCAAAUCCAACCCGUGUUGGCGCGUCGUUGUCGUUUUUCAGGACAGCGAAGCAUUUGACAGUGGCCUCCUGUCGGAUUUAAUCUCAUUAUUCAGCUCGUGGCUCAACCGAAUCCCCUUCGCCCUGAUAUUUGGCAUAGCCACAUCACUAGAGCUAUUUCAGGCCCGGCUUCUGAAGUCUACUUGCCAAUCUCUCUACGGCCAGCAGUUUGACGUCGAGCAAUCGACAUCAAUCGUUGACAAGAUUUUCACGAUGGCUGCCGCGCAUGUAGAAGCGCCCUUGCGAUUGGGUUCUUCCCUGCUUUGCAGCUUAUUAGAUCGUCAGCGGGACCAGAUGUCAAGCAUCCCCGUGUUCGUGAGCUACUUAAAAUAUGCCUACAUGUGUCACUUCUAUGCGAACCCAUUGACUGUCUUCUUAUCUAACGACGCAGGCGACGAGAUACUUCGGCAAGAACAUUUCGAAGCCGUGCGGUGCCUGCCAUCUUUUCGUCAAUAUGUGGAAAACGCCAUCGAUCGGGGUCAGGUAGAACAGGCAAGACUGGUCCUGGAAGAGAACCAGUACCUCAAAACGCUUCUGCAAGGUCGGCUUCGAGACUCGCGUCAAUGGUUAUUACACCUCCUGCGUACUCUCAAAAUCCUGACUGCUGGCAAGGUGCUAUCUACCGACUUCACUGGGCUCUAUUUGGAUACCCUCUCUUGCGGACUUGACUCUGAUCAAAUCGCCGAGUUUGCGGGGUCCAUAAAGCGAAUGCAACCCGCCGAUACAGUGACGUUUCUGGCCCAAGCGCUAGAUGCUAUGGAAAACGGCGACUCUAGUCUUGGCCUGAGUCCAUGGGCUAGUGAAACCGAGGAGUCGUUUGUGCUAUUCUCCAGCAUGCUGGCUAGUAUCAAACGGUUGCAAGCCGCUGCCGAAGAACAAGGCAAUAUUCUCCGUAGCAAAUAUAGCGGACAAACCAAAGUACUGAGAACCACCGUCGUUGCUCAGAAGGUCCAGCUCAGCCAGGACACGGCGACGCUAACUAAAGAGGAUAAGGCCUACACCGACUUGGUAGACGAGCUUUCUGAGCACUUCAAAGCGGCAUUUGGCUGCGAUGGUGCAAAGGACAUAUGCUUUAACGAACUCUGGCUCUUCGACUCGAAAACACCCUCCCGAGAUGUAUUUGUUCCUCGGCCCAGGGGGGUUGUGGAGCGCGCAUUGUCGCGUCCGCAUGAUUAUCUCAAUUGUUCCUGUUGCGAGGAGACGGAGGACCACAUUGCCCCAUCUCUACCAACAAUAUCCGUCCUAUAUCAGCUUUAUCUCGAGACUGGCUCUCUUAUCAACGUUGCCGAUCUUUGGUCGGCGUACUAUGCGAUUGUCGGCGAAGAAAAGGGGGGAGGAUUGGACGAGCGGGCUGCCCUUGCGUUGUUCUAUCGCGCAAUGGCCGAGAUGAGAGCCAUGGGCUUUGUCAAACAGACCAGAAAAAAGGCAGACCACAUCGCAAAACUUGCUUGGAAGGGGCUAUAA